GACCCCACGUUGUAUUUUCAAGUUUGCGAUCAAGCAGUAUCAUGCCUGAACCAGCAAAGUCCGCGCCUAAGAAGGGCUCCAAGAAGGCCGUCACAAAGACCGUCGGUAAGGGAGGAAAGAAGCGCAAGAGGUCCAGGAAGGAGAGCUAUGCUAUCUACGUCUACAAAGUCCUGAAGCAGGUUCAUCCUGACACCGGCAUCUCUUCCAAGGCGAUGGGCAUCAUGAACUCCUUCGUCAACGACAUCUUCGAGCGCAUCGCCGGUGAGUCGUCUCGUCUCGCUCACUACAACAAGCGCUCCACCAUCACUUCUAGAGAGAUCCAGACCGCUGUGCGUCUGCUGCUGCCCGGAGAGCUGGCCAAACACGCCGUGUCCGAGGGCACCAAGGCCGUCACCAAGUACACCAGCUCCAAGUAGAGAUUCAACCGAGACUCUCAACAACCCAAAGGCUCUUUUAAGAGCCAU